ACCGUGCUCUCCCUCGCCAACGCCCCCUGCGACAACAAUGGCAACGCCUACAACGGCGGCGGCGGCGCGUUCGCCGAGCUCCUCCACUGCUCGAACACCAACGGCAACAAGCCAUUGCAACAUCAGCAACAGCAAGCCAUUGCAAAUGCAACAUCAGCAGGAGCAGCAAGCAGGCGACGCUUGCUUGCCCCACCUCAAGAUGAUGGCGAUGCCACCCCACCUCGCGUUCUCGCAGGACCAGCAGCACGCCACGGUGGCCGCCUUCGAUCAGCGCACACUUCAGUCCAAUGUUGUCGCAGCUUCGCUGUGGCCGCCGCCGCCGUCGCAGCACCCCUGCCUGCUGCAGAGGUUCGCCGCCGCUCCGGCUGAGGUCGCCGGCCUCCCGUUCAUCCUUGCAGGCGGCGGCGGCGCUGCUGCUACUGCUCCGGCGGCGACGACCAAUGGGGGAGAGCAGAGGCUGCAGCUCUGGGACUUUAAGGAGGGGGAGCAACGGUGGGCCGGCUUGGAGACGGGGCAGGCGGUGGCUCGGCCGUCGCCUGCACUCCACCGUCGCCGCUCCAGCCCUCGCCCGCACGCCGCCGUCGCCCCUCCAGCCCCUGGCCGCCGCCGUCGCCGAUCUGGCACCCGCUCCUCGCGUGCGUCCGAAGGGGAGAGA